AUGGCCCCUGGUCCUCAGACCUCCAAGCUAAAUGGAACUAACUGGAACAGGUGUGCUUUCGGAGGAGUUUGAGAGGUGACACCAGACAAAACAGUUCCCAAGGCUGUCCGGCUAAAGGCGUAGGCUACAGCGGGAACUUGGAACACUCCGCAAGUCGGCUGUGCAGAUGUGGCCAUGGAUGAUCAGGGAGCAGCUGUGGUGUCUGUGGACGGGCGGCCUGUGCGAUUGCAGCUCUGCGACACUGCGGGACAGGAUGAGUUCGACAAGCUGAGGCCUCUCUGCUACACCAACACGGACAUCUUCCUGCUGUGCUUCAGCGUGGUGAGCCCCUCGUCAUUCCAGAACGUCAGUGAGAAGUGGGUGCCCGAGAUUCGCUGCCACUGUCCCAAAGCCCCCAUCAUCCUGGUGGGGACGCAGUCGGACCUCAGAGAAGAUGUCAAAGUCCUCAUCGAGUUGGACAAAUGCAAGGAGAAGCCAGUGCCUGAAGAGGCGGCCAAGCUGUGCGCCGAGGAGAUCAAAGCUGCCUCCUACGUCGAGUGUUCGGCCUUGACGCAGAAGAACCUCAAGGAGGUCUUUGAUGCGGCCAUUGUCGCUGGCAUCCAGUACGCGGACACUCAGCAGCAGCCAAAGAAGUCUAAAAGCAGGACUCCAGACAAAGUGAAGAACCUCUCCAAGUCCUGGUGGAAGAAGUACUGCUGUUUCGUAUGAUCCUGGCCGGAACCCGGGGAGGCCGCUUUCAGCAGCUCAUUACCUGGCCUGACGCCUGGCUGUGUAGACCCUGGGUUGUGAGAGUGACAUGGCCCCAGGAGGCCGCAUUCUGUCUUGCCUUCCGUUUUCUUGUUUCUUUCAACCUAGGGAUGAGAAACUUAUGCAAGAUAUUUUUGAAGUAAGUUAAGAAUUUUCCGUAACUCUGGAAACUUAGAGCUCUAGACCUCUGGAUUAAUUUAUAUCUAAUAUGAAAGAGACACCUCCGAUGAGGCUGCUGAGGGUGGAAUGUUGCUACGUUGUAAUGUACAGAAGAACAAAGGGGGGGGUGUUUGGUAGCGUCUGAGUAAGGGCUGCUUAACGCUCAGCUCUAUCCACAGGUCAGCCCUGGAGGAGUGACUCUUAGCCUUGAAGUUCCAUGCACAACUUACCUUUACUGUUUGCAAUUUUUUUUAAGAGCAAAAAAUCAGAAAAAAAAAGAAAGACCUCUGCCUGCUAAACCUCAAACCUGUCACUUUUGUCAUGUACUAAUACCCAGUUGCUUAAGUUUUAAAAACAACCAACAAAAACCAUCCCACUGACCACAUGGCCUUGUGUAGACCCAAAAGGAAACUCGGUUACUGGGAAUUUGCAUCCUCAGGCCAGUCGUGUUGACACCGUGUGAACACGGCCAAAAUGUCAUGUGGAGGAAGCAGGUGCCGGCCGGUGAAGUUUCUAGAAAGGCCGACAGCAAAUGUUUGUGGGGUACGAGAUAUACCUUCUUUCCUUAAGUCAGCCAAAAUAUGCUUCUGUGUGUACACACCUGUACCCGUGCACACGUAUGCAUAUGUGGCUGUAUUUGCUGCUGAUCCAGACUUUUAAAUAGUUAGUGCAAAAAGCAAGGCCAUAGACAUCGAUGUCAGAGAAGCGCGAUUCCUCUUCUUGUUACCAGCAGGCAUCUUUCUGGUUGUACCUGAGCCGUGAUUUUAAGCAUAUCUGAAUGUAAGUGUUUUUAAGGCCAUCUUAAGACAAAAAUGCACAUCUCCCGAAGCCUGUUAAAACAACCAGUGGAGUCCACCGAUGUUCUCAGGGCGCUGUGUGUCUGAGGGGCUGGCAGGGGCGGGGUCUGUGCAGCCGGUCAGGUGCACGUGGGACCUCGACCCCCAUGUGCUGCUGCCUCCUUUCCAUGGGACAGAGAAUCACGUGUGUGCAGCAUGUCCUUCAGGGUGGCAGCUUUUAGGGCGAAAUCUUCUGGGGAAAACAACUCCCUUUCAGGAGAGUAGUUUCCCUUUGCAGCUGGGGAGCUUCGGAGACGCCCCCAGGUAGCCUGAAAGCCGGAAUCGUGAUGUCACCCAUGAGUAGGACAAGCAGUCUCCAAAAUCAUUUCAGGAACCAACUGGGGGACCCUGGAGGGCCAGAGGCUAGAAGAGUUUCAUCUUUCUGUGGGUUUAGUGUUGCCUUUUAUAUGUGUGUGUGUGUGUGUGUGUGUGUGUGUGUGUGUAUAUACACAUAAAAUUCAACGUGUGUUUUUCUAUAGAAAAAGUAAAAGAUCAGGUUAUACUUUUGGGUAGAGGCUUCUUUUAUUCUUGUUAGUAAAUAAAAUUAACAAAUUUCUUUGUUUAA